UCCAAGUCUGUUCAAGGGUCAAUUUUCAACUUCAGAUAAAAUUGAAAGGAUGAGAUCCCUUAGGUUCAUAACAUCUCCUGUGAAGGUGAAGUCUUUGAAAUCACGAGAACAUGUGCCAAUAUUCUACCCAGAAGUUGUUCUCUGUGUCGAGAUUUAUCACAAGAAAAACUCCUCAUUGAAGACCCAAGAAUUUCUAGUUUUGGGAAGCCAAACACUUGACGAGUUGAGGGAUAAUAUAUAUUGCUUGACUGACAAGCUGAUGGAGACAGCAGGGCAAUCUGAUCCAUCUGGAUAUUUCCUUAUUGAAGAUACCUUUUACAAUGAUCUGAGAAAUUCCCCUUCUAUUGACUAUAGUAAACCUAUAUUCGACUGGCUUAAGAACGCAAAGAAUGAAGCAGCAGAGAAGUGGGAAUAUAUUAUGUCUGGUGAGCUAAAGAAGAAGCAAAAAGAGCUACUAGGGGAUCUGGACAUCGCCAACUUGCCCAGCUUUAAAGCAGUACAUAUGCAUAAACUCGAUUUGCUGACCUGCGAUUUUCGGUUGGGCGCUGGAUAUCUUUACUGUACACAGGGAAACUGUAAGCAUAUCAUAGUGAUCAGGGACGUGAGAAUGAUCCACUCGGAGGAUGUACAAAAUCAGUCCGAUUAUCCUCUCCUCACGUUUCAACUCCGACCCCGUCAACAGAAAUGCUCCGUGUGCAAAAUAUAUCAUGCAACAAAGAUGACAGUUGAUGAUAAGUGGUCUCCAAAGAACCCUUGUUAUUUUUGCAUCAAAUGUUAUUUCCUCCUUCACUACAAAGAAGAUAACUCUUUGUUGUAUCCUCAUGCUGUAUUUGAUUAUUUUCAUGAAUAGUACCCUGGGCUGGUCCAUGAGUUCAGUUUUGUUGUUUGGUUGAGGAAGGCAAUUAAUGAUCAUCAUAUAUUCGGCAUCAAACGUAGAGUUUUUCAAGCGUAGUAUGUUCCAACUUU